AUGUCAGCAAAGUGUCAAUGGCGCAGAUGUUCUAAUGACUCGGAAUGACUCUGCAAAUGCAUAUCAGAAGGAUAUAAAGUAUGCAAGGAGCAUUUACCAGAUCACCUAGAAGAAGUUGGGUUUAAUCAUAGUAUUCCUGAAUCAUUAUUUAUGAGAAUUGAUCCUCAGUGUUUAGCUGAGCUAAACAAAAUAAUUCAAUAUGCUAAAGAAAAAAUUGAUAGAGAGUAUGCUAAUGUUCUAAAUAUUGUCAAAGAACUAACCAGAGCGCUGAAUGAAAAAGUAGAAAUGGAAUUAAAACAAAUCACUAUUAUGCAGCAGAACUACAUUGCUGCCUUUGAAAUAGCUAUAACUCACGAAAGAAUUAGAAAAAGCACAAUUUCACCGAAAUUUCAAGAAAUCUUGGCUAAUUUUAACGCAUUUAAAGAUACAGUUAAAGACCCAAACUGGUUUUCAGUCACUUUAAAUGAUAAAGAAGUAAAAACUGCUAUAGAUGAUCUUAUAAAGGUCAAAAUUAUAAAGCCAGAUCUUUUUAAGAUUACAGGAAUGGGUGAAGAUUUUCCAAAGAUGCAGCAAUAUGAAUUUCAAGAGGAAGCCAAAGAAAAUCCAGCUGAUAUAUCAGAUACAGGCUCUUAUGAAGAUGAACUUGUAGAUUUCGACCCAAAUAGUUAA